AGGGGCAGAGAGAGAGAGAGAGCGGCGCACAACGACUCUCUUUAAUCAGUGGUGGAGGAUUUGUGGAGGAGAACAUUUGGAUGUAAAAACUAAUAAUAAAAGGCAAAGACACAAGAAGGACGGAGGUUAAAUCAUAGCAGCAAUGCCACUGGUCAACAUGGCGGAGGUGCGGCUCCGCAGGGCAGCAGAGGAGGAAGAAAAGGAGCGUCCACCGCCUCCGCCGCCCGUCUCCCACCACCAGUUUAACAGCAUGAAGAACAAGUUCUUUAAUGAGCUUACACAUCUGCCAAAUCAUAAACUCAAGUUGCCCAUGUGGGCCGUGGGUGCCAUUGUGGUUGUGGUCCUUGCCCUUGUCGCCUGCCUGGGAUUCUGCAUCUACAAGAAAUGCUUCAACAAGGGCAAAAAGGCCAAGAAGGUCCGUGAGAGGAAGGGAGGACGAGGGCGCAGGAAGAAGGACAAGGAGGGAGAGGAAGGAGAGGAGAAGAAGGAAGGAGAGGAAGGGAAGGAGGAGGAGGAGAAAGAGUUAUUUGGGAAACUGGAGUACACACUGGAUUAUAAUUUCACUGAUAAUCAGCUGAUAGUGGGAAUCCUCCAGGCUCAGGAUCUGCCAGCAAUGGACAUGGGUGGGACCUCAGACCCUUAUGUCAAAGUUUAUAUGCUGCCAGACAAGAAGAAGAAAUUUGAGACCAAAGUCCAGCGCAAGAACCUCUGCCCUGUGUUUAAUGAGACCUUCACCUUUAAGAUACCGUAUAAUGAACUGGGCGGUCAGACUUUGGUGCUGCAGGUUUUUGACUUUGACCGUUUUGGUAAACAUGAUGUCAUCGGUGAAAUCAAGAUCCCCAUGAACUCUAUAGACCUCGGACAGCCGAUACACGAAUGGCGGGAUCUGGUUGGAGGAGAAAAAGAGGAGCAAGAGAAGCUGGGUGAUAUCUGUAUUUCCCUUCGUUAUGUCCCCACUGCGGGAAAGCUAACAGUUAACAUCAUGGAAGCCAAGAAUCUAAAGAAGAUGGAUGUUGGAGGACUGUCAGAUCCCUUUGUUAAGGUGGUGCUGCAACACAACGGCAAACGACUCAAGAAGAAGAAGACGUCAGUCAAACAAAACACUCUGAACCCUUAUUUCAACGAGAGCUUUAGCUUCGAGAUCCCAUUCUCCCAGAUCCAGAAAGUCCAGGUGCUGAUCACUGUGUACGACUACGACAAGCUGGGCAGCAACGAUCCCAUCGGCAAGUGCUGGAUUGGCUACGGCGCCUCAGGCGUCGGGCUGCGUCACUGGUCAGACAUGCUGGCCAAUCCCAGACGUCCUGUGGCCCAGUGGCACACGCUGCUGCCCGAGGAGGAGGUGGAUGCUGCUCUGAAGGCCCCCAUCCGCUAAUGCCACUCACAUAGUAACACACAGCAUCAUCAGUAUACAGUGGGCUUUUCUUUCAGUAUUAAACCAAACAACUGUAGAGUUUUAUAACACGAUGCUUGACUUCAUACAUUUUUAAACAUCUUUCAGUUUUACACCGUAAUUCCUUUUGUAAAAUGUCACUUUGGGAUCUCUUUGUAUGACUGUUACGCUGAGUGCGUCCCACAGAAAUACUUACAAAUGUGCAACUGCAACACAGCUCAUCACAGAGGAAAGGAACACUUCCUCUGAAUGACGUACCAGUUGAGUGGUUCACAAAGUAUAAAUAAAAGCAUUACAACAGCAGUUUAGCAUUGUUCUUCCACAGAGCUGGGAGACUAACAGGAUGGCAUCAUCUAAGGUAUUUUUUCAGAUGUUAGGUGCUCCUCCAAAGCCACAUAGAAAUUUCUCCCGAUGAAAAUGUUAUUGAGUUUCAGGGCGAAAGUCUUCCACUCUUUAUUAUUUAUUGACUUGACCACCAUUUAAUGGCUGAGCUAUUCACCCACUCAUGUAGUCAAAAUCCCGAUUGUCUGUUUUAGCAUCGGUAUAACUGUGCAUCAGUUAACUUUGCAACGGUAGUAAGAUUAGAAGAAAUGGCAAAAAGCGAUCACUCCAUUUCUCCAAAAUUGUGCGUUUCACAGAAACUCAGUUUCUCCUGCUCCUCCCUUGGUGGCUUGAUUCCUGCGACCAGCAACAAACGUGUAUUGUAUCAUGUUCCCAUGGCCACCAGCAGGAUUAAGUGCAAGCGUGCUAAUCUGUUAGCAGCUAUCCUGCCAUUAGUUGUACAAACUAUUACAGUAGUCUUCAGCUGAUGAUGGAGGUUAGAGAGCUGAACAUUGCAUCAUUUGAGAGAAACAUGAAACGUUUUGCUGUGAAUAUUAAAUAACUCAUCUUUAAGAAUGUGGGUUCCUAAUGUGGCUUUGUUAAUGUACAGUACAAGUAGACCAGCUAGUGACCAGAAAUGACCAGAGUGAUAUUAAGAUUCUGGCUCUGAGCUGAAAUGUGACUCUUCUUUCCUCGUUUCUCUCCUUUAUGCUGUCCUCUCAUUCACGCUCACGCCUCUCAUUUUCCACACAACCGAAAACUUGCCAGUGAAAUGAUGAAAUCUGUUACAUUUAGUUUCAUGUUUUUACUUGUUUUUGAUUGUUCUCCUUAUGUGUUUGGAUGAAGUGUGUAUACUGAUGCAUAUGUCUGUCAUAUGUGUUCAAAAAAAGAAAGCCAUUUGUGGUUUUACUUUCAAUAUAUAUAAUGUGAUUGUAAAUAAAUAGCUGAAUAAAUGUUUCCAAUCAAUGACA